AUGGAUGAUACAGCUCCACAAGACAAGUCUUCUGUCGUGAAAGGAGCCAGAGACAUUGCUAAGGAGGCCAAACGACAAGCUGUUAAAAAGGUCAACAAAGUUGUGGACCGUGGCUCAAAUGAAUACUCCAGCAGUCACACCUACCAGCGCUUCCAGGAUGAAGACGAUGACUACUACAGCCAGCCGGAUGGAAACUACACAGGAGACCAGGCCAAUGAUGAAGAGGGAUCCAGCGAUGCCACUGAGGGUCACGAUGAUGAGGAUGAGAUAUAUGAAGGAGAGUACCAGGGGAUCCCCUCGGAUGCAAAGGCCAGAGAUGAACCGGUGGCUCUGGGACAGCCGCUGGCGGACGGCGUAAAGGACCGGAGAGAGAUGGAGAACGAGAGGCAGGCAGAUGAGGAGGAGCUGGCGCAGCAGUACGAGCUCAUCAUACAGGAGUGUGGACAUGGCAGGUUUCAGUGGCAGCUGUUCUUCACGCUGGGGCUGGCGCUCAUGUCUGAUGGUGUGGAGGUCUUCGUGGUGGGCUUUGUUCUCCCUAGUGCAGAGACUGAUAUGUGUGUUCCUGACUCAAGCUCUGGAUGGCUAGGCAGCAUUGUGUAUCUGGGGAUGAUGGUAGGGGCCUUCUUCUGGGGCGGUAUGGCUGACAAGGUGGGCAGACGGCAGUGUCUGCUCAUUUGCAUGUCCAUGAAUGGUUUCUUCGCCUUCCUGUCCUCUUUUGUGCAGGGCUAUGGCUUCUUCCUGCUCUGUCGCAUGAUAGCCGGCUUCGGGAUUGGGGGAGCAGUGCCCAUCGUCUUCUCAUACUUUGCUGAGGUGUUGGCUAGAGAGAAGCGUGGAGAGCAUCUGAGCUGGCUCUGCAUGUUCUGGAUGAUUGGAGAGAUUUAUGCCUCCGCCAUGGCCUGGGCCGUCAUACCUCACUAUGGUGACAGAACCAGAUCAUGCACUACAUUUGUUCACUCACACCAUAAUCACUGCUGGAGUUUCAGUAUGGGCUCAGCUUAUCAGUUCCACAGCUGGAGGGUGUUUGUGGUGGUGUGCGCUCUCCCCUGUGUUUGUGCCGUGGUGGCCUUAACGUUCAUGCCAGAGAGCCCCAGGUUCUACUUGGAGGUGGGGAAGCACGACGAGGCCUGGAUGAUCCUCAAGCAGAUUCAUGACACAAACAUGCGAGCGCGUGGACAGCCCGAGAAAGUCUUCACCGUGAACAGAAUUAAGACCCCGAAGCAAAUUGAUGAGUUUGUGGAGAUGCAGACUGAAUCUGGCAACCUCUUUUCGAAAGUGUUCUUUAGAAUAAAGAUUGAGCUUCAUGGGAUUUGGUUGACUUUCAUGAAGUGUUUUGAUUAUCCAGUGAAAGACAGUACAGUGAAACUUGCUAUUGUGUGGCUCACACUAUCAUUUGGGUAUUAUGGUUUAUCUGUGUGGUUCCCUGACGUCAUCAAACAUCUUCAGGCCAAUGAAUAUGCCUCCAAAGUACAGAGGCAUAACAACGAGCGCAUUGAAGACUUCACCUUCAAUUUCACCCUUGAGAACCAGAUCCACACUAGCAGCUUAUUUAUCAACGACAGGUUCAGAAGUAUGAAAUUCAAGUCUGUCACUUUCAUCAAUUCAACCUUUCAUAGCUGCUCUUUUGAGGAUGUGACGUCAGUGGGAUCUUUCUUUCGCAACUGCACAUUUAUUGAGGCUGUCUUUUAUAACACUGAUAUUGAAGACUCCAAACUGAUAAACACAGAUGUCGUAAACAGCACAUUUUACCACAACAAAACAGGCUGUCAAAUGAGGUUUGAGGAUGAUUAUAGUGCAUACUGGGUCUACUUUGUCAAUUUCUUGGGAACGCUUGCUGUUCUGCCCGGCAACAUUAUAUCUGCACUUCUCAUGGAUAAAAUUGGCCGUUUAUCUAUGUUAGGGUUUUCCAUGAUUCUGUCUGGUAUCAGCUGCUUCUUCCUGUGGUUUGGCACCAGUGAGUCGAUGAUGCUUGGGAUGCUGUGCUUGUACAAUGGCCUGAGUAUCUCCGCCUGGAACUCCCUGGAUGUUGUGACUGUAGAGCUGUACCCUACAGACAGAAGAGGAACUGGAUUUGGCUUCUGUAAUGCCUUGUGCAAGCUAGCCGCAGUGAUGGGAAAUCUGAUCUUUGGAUCUUUAGUGGGCAUCACCAAAGCCAUCCCCAUUCUUCUGGCCUCCUCGGUGCUCGUAGGCGGAGGUCUGGUGGGAUUGCGACUACCAGACACCAGGUCAAAUGUCCUCAUGUAA